CAACGAUUUAAAUCAGAUAUGUAUGUAAUUUUGUUUUUAAAACAAAUUAAAAAUUAAGUAUUCCCCAACUCUAGCUUCGUGUGGCGCAUGAUCCAAGUUUUGUAUCUACAUGUGUGUUCUCACUGCUUUUUCGGGAUAUCUAUAAGGUAUCUGUAUAAUUAGGAUUCUAAAAUUUUUAGCUGCAAAAAAUAAAAAUGGAAGAGCAAAAUUCUUACGAAUAUCAGUGCAUGAGAGCUGAAUUACUUGGUUUGGAAAAACCAGAUAAGGAAGCUUUUGAUUUAGAACAACAAAAAUUGCGUGAGCAGGAACUGCGGGAUGUAGAACUUGCUGAAGCCCUAUCUGUUGAAAGUGAGAGCUGUGAAAAAACAAAAGGAAAGCUUGAUGAGCUAAAUACCUUACUAUCCAGAACCCAACAAAAAAUUAAUACUUUUACGGGUUCACCAGUAAAAACUCUAACUAGGAUGUUUAGCAAACAAAAAAUUGAGGCAGAUGAACCAAAUGAUCUACCUAAGAAAGAUAAUAAUAUUAACGGAAAUGAUGUAGCUGACAAUACAGGCUCAUUGAAUUUGCAAUCAACCCAGUGUGCAACGUCCUCCAAUAUAAUGAAUCAAGAAUGUAAAACAAGAUCUAUGGAAAUCGAUAAAAAGAUGUCUUCACAUUUAGAUAAAUUAGACGAGCUAAUUAAUAAAGCUGAAAAAGCUGAUAUGUCUAUGGCACAUCAAAAUAAACAAAUGAAAAAAUUUAUUAACAAAUAAAGUUCUGAAAACAAGAAAAGUCGAUAUCUGCUGUCAGCACUAGUUCAUCAAAUCGAAUCUUAACAUUAUCACUUAACAUCAGCACUGGUUCCGUGCUCGUUUCGUAAUGGACGAAAUUUUUUUUAAGCCUUUUUCAAAAAAUUAACUUUGUAUCCUUCCACAUUUUUUUUAACUUUAUUUCUUUUUAUCAUGUUGUAGUAAUCAAUAAAUAUAAACUGAUAUAGAUAUUUCAAAUA